AUGUCGUCGGGGCAAACUCAAGAAGCCCUCGCAUGGAGGGGCCGACAGGCGACGAUGCGACAGCAGCAGCAAAACAUGCCGCCUACAGUAGUACAAAUUGUCCUCGCCCAGGCCAAGCGUCAAUUCGACGAGCUACAGCGAAUGACACCAGAACAGCGACGCGCGGGCAAUCGCAUGGGUGCCUCCUACGAUGAUAUUCCCAUCAUUGAGCCUAGCGAUCUCAUGCUUUUCAACGGCUUUGCUGCCUCACAGCCCGACUUUGUCCAAUUCGGCAAGGCCUGUCGAGACGGUGAUACAUCUACUGUCGAGUCCAUCGUUACCUCUCAAUCUCGCACGCCAGCCUUCCUUCAUGAAGGUCUUUUCAACGCUUUGGGUAGCGGCAAGGUUGAUGUUACGCGCUAUUUACUUGACUCUGGAGCCCCAAUCACCAGAAUAACUCCAUUAUGGGCUUUGGCCGCUCCAAUAGACCAGCAAAAGCCCUUAUUCGAACUGCUUCUGCAGCACGGCUGGACUGUAAACACGCCUGGUUUCUAUGGAGCUGUCCUACUACCAUCUGUUAUCCGCGCAGGCAACGAUGAUCUUCUUGAUUGGUUCCUUGAGAAUGGCGCAGAUCCGAAUCUUGGCAAACAACAGGACAAUCGAGACCGUUUCGGCGAACCUGAAACGAAUUCUUGCGAGGCACUCGAGAUUGCAGCAGAGAUAGGUACCACUGAAAGGGUGCAGAAGCUCCUCAACGCUGGUGCUAAAAUUGACAAUGGAGCACCAUUGUAUUAUGCAGCGGGCGCCUAUCCGCCGGGAUCAAAUCCUCAUGCCGGAGUUGUAACACCAAGCAAAGAAUUUGAUGAGGCGAGGAUUCCUGUCAUGGAAUUGCUGGUGAAAAACGGUGCGCAGGUGAAUGACAAGCUGAUGUCGCGCCAUGUGACGGCGCAGUAUCCAAUUGUCAAUGCUGUCAUGGCGGGGGCUAUUGAAAGGUUAAAAUGGCUGUUGAGUCAAGGCGCAGAUCCAGAUAUGAAGGGGCAGUUUGGCAGUGCUCGCGAAUAUGCUGGAAAGCUUUCUAGUGAUGAGAUGAAGCGUGUGCUACAGGUGCUUUGA